GUUUUGUACAACAAAAGCCUCCUCUGCUUCUCUAUAACCAUCAUCUUUACCCACCUAAUCAACGUUUUUCAUUCUUCAUAUUUACUCAUCUUUUCAAGAAACCCCCAUUAUUUUUCUGCCGAUUUAGAGUUAUAAUUUCAUACUUCUUGUUCCUUGUUGACAAUUAAUGAGAUUUUUGCCUGCAAAUUGGGGUUUGAAUUCGGAAUUUUGAGAUAUAUUCAAUUCCCAUCUGGGGUUUGUUUAUUUUUGUGUGUGGGUAUUGGGAUAUUUAGGUCAAGUUUGGUUUCUUUUUAUGGACGAUUCUUGAAAAGUCCCUUUGUCACUGUUGUUGAGAGCCCUUUUCUUACUUUUUCAUCCCCCCUUUGGAUGUGUGUAAUUAGCGACCAACUAUGAGAGGAUGAAAGUGGAUGCGCUGAUUGACUUCGAUGAUGGAAGAAACGAGUGGAGAGGCAGGAGAUGAUCAGGGCUCUGGAUGGCUGCAAGUGAAAAAGAAGCAUAGAAGCAAUUCAAAGUUUUCUCUCCAAGGAUGGGUGGGAGGAUUAUCUAGGAAACAGAAUUCAAAUGUGGUGCCCCACCAGCCUCAUCAUGUACAACAUGGGACUUCAAAUGUUAGCUGUAGUGAACCGAUUAUAAAAACUAAGGGUUCCAGUACGCCCGAUUCUGGUAAUUCAAAUAAUACUUAUGUUCCUACUGAAUACGAGAAGGAUGUGAACUACCUUGACAAGUGUGUGGUUAGCCAUGACGAUGAUAAUAAAACUGGUUAUGAUCACGAGCUUCCACAAAUUGAUAAUCUUGAUGUUUUUCCAAAGAUUAAAUGGGGUAAUUUGGAUGAUGGUGCUUUGGUUCAGACUAGUAGUAAAACCGCCAGUAUUGACAUAAAAUUCGGUGAUAUUGGAAAUGAGGUUGCUGAGAUUGCUGUUACUGAAGAUGAUUCUGUUUCAAGUAUGCCACUUUCUACUGAACUUAAAGAGAAGGAAAUCGUAUCAGCUGCUGAAGAGGACACCGGAUCUCAGGAAAUCGAAGAGGUGAAGGAGGUAUCGUCGGAAGACGUCAAGAUUCAAAUUAUAAAUGAGGAAGUUAUUAGUCAAAGUGAUGGUGGUUCUCAAGAACUUGAUAAGAACUUAAAAACUGAAAAUCUUGAUGCAAGUGGCUCAGAAAAUUUAGUUACGAAUAGGGAUUUAAGCUUUUCGCAAGAUUCUGAAUUUACGUUAGAUGAAAAGGUGACAAUUGAGAUACCAAAAGAAUCUACUCCCACAACCUCUACUGAAGAUUCCGAUGGCAAACAGACUGCUUCGGUUUUCAAUGACUUGUCAGAAGGUCAGAUCAUGAGUGCAAUUGGUUCAGGUGAAAUUGAAGCUGGUGAGAGUAAAGAACGGUUUAGGCAACGGCUUUGGUGCUUUCUUUUUGAGAACCUUAACCGGGCUGUUGAUGAACUGUAUCUUCUAUGUGAACUAGAAUGCGAUAUAGAUCAAAUGAAAGAGGCCGUUCUUGUUCUUGAAGAAGCAGCAUCUGAUUUUAAGGCGUUGAAUUCUAGAGUCGAAGAGUUUGAGAAAGUGAAAAAGUCAUUGACUCAAUCAAGUGAUAAGUCGCCAAUGACCAUGAAGGCUGAGCAGCGCAGGCCACAUGCACUCUCAUGGGAGGUUCGACGUAUGACAACUUCACCACACAGGGCUGAAAUACUGUCUUCAUCACUCGAGGCUUUUAAGAAAAUUCAACAAGAUCGAGCAGCCAUGAAUAAUAAUUCUAGAAAAAUAGGGUUUACUGACUCUUAUGAUCGUUCUAGUGGCAGAGUUUUGAAUAAACAUACCUCUAGAACUGAAGUAGCAAGUGGUGGUAGAGAAUCGGCAACGGAACUGAGGAAACGAAGUGGGGUUUCAGUUCUUUCUCAAGGAAACUCAAGUAGGGUAAAGAAAAAUGCUGACCCUAGCAAGAACAAGAAGGAAGUGGUUGGUUAUUCAGAAUUGGAGAAGGUGGGACCGAGGAAAGAUAAUCUUAAAUCCAUGGAUCAAACCAAAAAAGCGACUUUUAUGUCGGAAAGAGAUAAGGAAAGAAGAAACAAUCUUAAUGGAAUGUCUUAUAAGUCAAUGGAUGCAUGGAAGCAAAAAAGGAACUGGGAGGACAUACUAGCUUCGCCUUAUUCUGUAUCUUCACGUUUUUCACAUUCGCCAGGUAUGAGUAGGAAAAGCAUGGAGCGGGCCCGGAUUCUACAUGAUAAGUUAAUGUCGCCCGACAAGAAGAAAAAGACGGCACUUGAUUUAAAGAAAGAGGCUGAAGAAAAGCAUGCACGGGCGACGAGGAUUAGAAACGAGCUAGAGAACGAGAGACUACAAAAACUUCAACGCAGUACAAAGAAACUUAACCGUGUGAACGAAUGGCAGGCGGUUCGUAGCACACGUCUGCGUGAGGGAAUGCACGCUCGCCAUCAACGCAGCGAAACUCGUCAUGAAGCUUAUCUAGCUCAAGUUGCAAGAAGAGCAGGUGAUGAAAGUACUAAAGUUAAUGAAGUCCGUUUCAUUACUUCACUAAAUGAAGAAAACAGGAAGCUUAUGUUGAUACAGAAAUAUCAAGAUUCAGAAUUAAGGAGAGCUGAGAAACUGAAAGAUAUGAAAUCGAAGCAGAAAGAGGAUAUGGCAAGAGAAGAAGCUGUUUUGGAAAGAAAGAGGCUUGUUGAAGCUGAAAAAAUGCAACGUCUUGCAGAAACACAGAGGAAAAAGGAAGAAGCCCAAUUAAGAAGAGAGGAGGAAAGAAAAGCAUCGAGUGCUGCCCGUGAAGCAAAAGCAAUGGACCAGAUGAGGAGAAGGGAGGUUCUUGCAAGAGCCCAACAAGAGGAAGCCGAACUUUUAGCCCAAAAACUAGCCGAAAGGCUCAGGGAAAGUGAACAGCGCCGAAAGUUCUAUUUGGAACAAAUUCGGGAGAGAGCUUCAAUGGAUUUUAGGGACCAAUCUUCGCCCUUAUUAAGGCGUUCUCUGAACAAAGAGGGUGCGGGUAAAUCUACACCGUCCAUCUGUGGUGAAGAUGAUCUGCAAACCAGCAGUGCUGCAGGUGUUGAAGGUACCAUGCUUCCUGCUAGAAGUUUAGCAAUUCAGCAUUCGUUAAAAAGAAGGAUCAAGAAAAUUAGGCAAAGGCUCAUGGCUCUAAAAUAUGAACUAUCUGAGCCUUUUAUUGGUGCUGAAAGUGCUAGUAUUGGAUAUAGAGCUGCGGUAGGAACUGCGAGGGCGAAAAUAGGGAGGUGGCUUCAGGAGCUUCAACGACAUAGGCAGGCUAGAAAAGAAGGGGCGGCUAGUAUUGGGCUAGUAACUGCUGAUAUAAUUAAGUUUUUGGACGGAAAGGACCCUGAACUGCAUGCUUCUCGACAAGCUGGUCUUCUUGAUUUUAUUGCUUCAGCUCUGCCAGCUUCACACACAUCCAAACCUGAAGCCUGCCAAGUAACAAUAUACUUCUUGAGACUUUUAAGGGUAAUACUGUCAUUGCCUGCAAACAGGAGUUACUUUCUCGCAGAAAAUCUUCUGCCGCCAAUGAUACCCAUGUUGGCAGCCGCCCUUGAGAACUUCAUCAAAAUCACAGCAUCAUCUUCAAAUGUUGGGGGUAGUAAAACACUAAUCGAAAAUUCUGAUACGAUCACUGAAGUUCUGGAUGGAUCUCUGUGGACUGUGGCAGCUAUUAUUGGUCAUUCAAGCUCUGAUGAACGCCAGCUUCACAUGCAGGAUGGUUUAAUAGAGCUCGUUAUAGCAUAUCAAGUUAUUCAUCGACUGAGAGAUCUUUUUGCACUCUAUGAUAGGCCACAAGUGGAAGGCUCUCCGUUCCCUUCAUCUAUUCUCUUGAGCAUCAAUUUGUUGGUAAUAUUGACUUCCCGAUAUAGAACCGUUUCUUCAAUCGACUGGGAAUCUUAUCCAGUUGAAACGAUGGCAGAUAAUGGAAUACAAGAGGCUAAACAUAUGGAGGUUGCAGAACCAAGAGGUUCUUUAUUUAAUUCAAGUGGGAAUUCUGAAUCAUCUUCCAAAUUGUUGCAAGAUGUACCAGAGGACCGGCCACUAGAUGACUUAUGUAAGAAGGAUGAGAAGAACACUGUGGAUAGUGGUGGAGAACAAAAGAACAAAAACAAAUUGGGACAUAAGCAUCCUGUGGAAUAUCUUCUUUCAGCCAUAUCUGAAACUGGAUUAGUGUGUCUCCCCUCCUUGUUGACAGCCGUGUUAUUGCAGGCUAACAACAGGUUGUCCUCUGAGCAGGGUUCGUACGUUCUUCCGAGUAAUUUUGAGGAAGUAGCAACUGGGGUGCUGAAGGUUUUGAACAAUUUAGCUUUGAUUGAUAUUAACUUUAUCCAGAUGAUGCUAGCAAGGCCAGACCUAAAAAUGGAAUUUUUUCAUCUGAUGAGUUAUCUUCUUUCUCAUUGCACCAGCAAGUGGGGAGCGGCUACCGAUCAGACUGGUUUGCUUCUGCUUGAAUCUUUGUUGCUUCUUGGAUACUUUGCCAUGUUCCACCCUGAGAAUCAAGCCGUUCUUCGUUGGGGGAAGAGCCCCACAAUUCUUCACAAGGUAUGCGAUCUGCCUUUUGUUUUCUUCAGUGACCCUGAUUUAAUGCCAGUCUUGGCUGGAACACUCGUAGCCGCCUGUUUUGGGAGCGAGCAGAACAAAGGAGUGGUUCAGCAAGAACUUAGCAUAGAGAUGCUUCUUUCCUUGCUCAGAUCCUGUAGAAGUGUGUCCCCGUCAGGUUUGACCCAAGUUAAUCCACCGAUUGACGAUUCCAGUGAGUCAACUCAGUCUGGUCCCGAGACAAGAAAACUUAAUGGUGAUGUCUCGCAAAGAUCAAACCGGCACAAUACAAGAAGCACACGGGUUCAAUCAGGAAGAGGUGGUGCAGUUGGGAACAGUAGCAGAAGUAUUAAGAUUCGGAAUCAGAAAGAUAGUAGCAAAUCAACGAGGGUUUGUGAAUCAAAUUCGGAAGGUUGCUCCAAUUUGAUGCUCCAUUCAAGAUUUCCUGCAAGCUUUAUUGACAGAGCAGAAUUGUUCUUUUCAACUGAAUCACCAGUUUAAGUGUAAAUGAAACUUGUUGGAGGACAAGAUAAAGUAGAACAACUUUUGAAACCCGCUUCACAAAUUGAAUAAAAGAGCCGACAAAUGCGAAAAGCAGGUUCCUUUCGAUCUUUCUUGGUUGUAAUUUUGCAUUUGAUGAUAAAAAGCAUG